AGCAACCUCAUCAACCACCCCACUACAUAGAGAGACCACCUCCUCCAGCUGCAGAGUACGCCACCAUGCCCUCCGACCUCCUCAGGCCACUGGCCGUAUUCGCCCGCCAGCCGCAGUCGCAACGCUAUAUCAAAGCCAUCAGAAACCUGGGAGAUGCAUGGCGUCGCCUCGCCGACGAGCCUCUCUCUGAGCCAGAUACCAAGUCCACCCUCGUGGAAACCAGCUUCGACCUGGUCCUCACAAUCAAGAGUGCACAGGAAGCUCAGUCGUCCCUGUCGGAUCCCAUGGUCGUCGAGAUGUCCACUCGCGAGCCUCUGGCUGCGCCACCCGAGGACACCACUACAUCAGGAUCUCCGCCCCGCCAUUACCGUACCUUCGCCGACUGGGGCACGGAUUUCAUCUGGCGCGAUUUCGACGACCUGCGGUGUGACGAAGGCGACUGCAUGCUGGAGGCGGACGAAGUCCUCAGCUCCCCCGUCUACCCUCCAUCCGUGUUCGAGCACUACGAUGCGUGGGUGGAGACGUACACCGAGAACUUCGACCAACGACUCAACAAGACCGGCGACUUCCAUGCCUCCACGUUUGCCACCGUCGCGGAAGAAGUGGCCUGGAAUGUGGCGGGGUAUCUGCUGGCUUGGCGCAUUGCCAUGGCGCCGGAUGUCGGGAGGAUCGAGUUCAGCGCGGGGCGUGUCGAAGUAUAUCCUCGAAAAAGGGAAUGAGAAGAGUGUGACGUUGUCCUUUCUGCGGGAUCAGGCUGGGCUCUUAGCGAAGGGAGAGUCGGUAGCAUAGCAAACUGAAUGUUCUAGGCGGCGGAGAUUGUUUUAUUGUGAUUUUCCACGUGCAAAUGUAAUGAUAACCGGCAUGCAUGCUUUCUCGAGGGAAGGGUCUUGGUUGCUUCGGGACGCUACAACAGGCAGUAUUUUCUUAUUGUUUUGUGUGUUGUUUUUAGCUACUUGGUACCAGGAUGGGACGAAACAUGCACCGAC